CCGGACGCUCCACACCGCCUGAAAACCGUUCGACGGGAAUUCCCACCUCUCUUUUGACCGUCAUGCUUGCCGAGCGCCACUGCAGCUUCCUGUCCGACUUCGAGGACGCGUGCAGCGCUUGGGUGAACAGCGUGGAAUCCGACCGCUGCGACGUCAACGAGGCCGACCCAGCAGUUGUCUCGCCGGGAACUGACGCUUCCGACUCAGAUUUCUUCUCCGACUUCAGUGACUCAGAUUCGCUCUCGCCCUCCCUCGACUUCAGCGGCAGCUUCCUUCCCGAACCGACUACGGUGUCAGCGGUGGGCCUGAGCAGCACCGCGGACGCCAUCCUCAACAUGAUCACAGAGAUCGUUGGAAUCUGCACUGAAAUGGAGCAGCGAGAGGACACUGCCUACCCUCCGGUGACCACGGUCAAGAGCGAGCCGGCCAGCUCCAGCUGCGGGGUCGACUACCUCGCAACGCCGGUCGCUCCAGAUUUCAUCGAGGCUCUGCUGAGGCAAGACGACGGCCAGGGCGAGACCAAGGCGUUGGAGGUCAAGCAGGAAGUGGUGGCACCGGAGGACUGGAUGAAGAACUGGAGGGUUGGCACUGAGGCAGACCACGUCAAAAUGGAGGUCGACCUCCACUGUCCCGCCCAUUCCACCCUGGACUCCGAUCUCUUGUCAUCCCUCCUGCAGGGUGCCUUCCCAACCGUGCACCUGAGCAACGUGUCAACGGGCGCCAAAGUGUCCCGGAAGGGCCGCAGGGCUCUUGGCAAGAGCGGCGUGAAGGCCAAGGCGUUCCCGUGCUUCGUGGAGGGCUGCGAGCGCCGCUUCUCCCGCUCGGACGAACUCAACAGGCACGUGCGUGUCCACACGGGACAGAAGCCCUUCCAGUGCGCUGUGUGCGCGCGGAGCUUCAGCCGCAGCGACCACCUGACCACGCACAUGCGCACGCACACGGGCGAGAAGCCCUUCUCCUGCGACGUGUGCGGCAAGCGCUUCGCACGCAGCGACGAGAGGAAGCGACACGGGCGCGUGCACGUCAAGCAGCAGCUCCGAGCACAGAUGAUGGCCGCCUAUUCGCUGGCUGUGAGCGCCGUGUGAGGCGCGGCGUGCAGAAGAGCGUGCCACAGCGGUGGCGUUGACAGAAUCUUCGGGACCUGAACAUGGUCCACUUUUGGCCUCGUGGCGUGACGCACGUGGGCCCGGCAGGUGCAUGCUGGGAGUCAGAAAAGGAGCUUGGACGAGACGUAUCGAUGUUCCUGCAUGAGGGUGAAAAGUGACGUGACCUCCAUGUUUGUACAAUAGCUCUCUAUUUUUCUAGAUGUUUCUAUACUUGUCCUGUGACUUUUCUAUGACUUGCACUGAUGCAUUG